GGAUAUUCGUUCUCUCACUCCAUCGUGGCUGCCUUGAGCGAGUUUCCAAGUGGAAAUAAGAAAUAGUUUUAGGCGGUCAAACGGCAAAAAUGGUGUCCUCAAAAAAGCAGAAAAAGGCAAUGGAGAGUAUUAACUCUCGUCUCGCUCUUGUGAUGAAGAGUGGAAAGUUCACAUUAGGAUACAAGUCAACUCUUAAAACACUUCGACAGGGCAAGGCAAAGCUUGUUAUCAUUUCAAACAACACGCCUCAGCUCAGGAAAAGUGAGAUUGAGUACUAUGCCAUGCUGGCCAAGACUGGAGUCCAUCAUUACACCGGCAACAAUAUUGAACUGGGAACAGCUUGUGGCAAGUACUUCCGUGUGUCAGUUCUCAGUAUUACGGAUCCUGGUGACUCGGACAUCAUUCGUUCCAUGCCGUCAGAACAGCAGUCUUCUCAGCCACAACAAUCAUAAAAAAAUGCUGUAAUGAAUGCAAAAUAAAUCUUGUUUCUUGAGGAAA